UCCCUCUUCAGAGCCACAGUCAACUGCUCUGAACACAUCCUACAAAAAGUCCAGAGGAAGCACUCACGAUUGAAUUGGGAGGAAGUCUGCAGAAUUGUGGUCUGUGAUCACAGGCUAAGAUGUUAUCUAACAGAAGCCAGAAACCAAAUGUCUCCUGCUGAGAUGCGUGAGUGCCUAAGAGCCAUGGAUUACUACAGAAAACAUGCAGCUGUCAUCCUGGCCACAUUGUCCGUGUUUCUGCAUAUUCUCCAUUCCUUUCCUGAUGGAGAGUUUACAACGCAGGAUUGCCCAGAAUGCAAGCUAAAGGUAAACAAGUACUUCUCCAAACUGGGCGUCCCGAUUUACCAGUGCAUGGGCUGCUGCUUCUCCAGAGCGUACCCCACUCCAGCAAGGUCCAAGAAGACAAUGUUGGUCCCAAAGAACAUCACCUCAGAAGCCACAUGCUGUGUGGCCAAAGCAUUUAUCAGGGUCACAUUGAUGGGAAACAUCAGGUUGGAGAACCACACCCAGUGCUAUUGCAGCACUUGCUAUCACCACAAGAUUUAAAUGUUUCACCAAGUGCCUUGUGGAUGACUGCUGAUUUCCUGGAGUGGAAAAUUAAUUUGUUCAAUGUGUAUGGCCUUGUGAGAUACCCCCCACCUUUCUCUUACCAUUCCCCUUUGGCAUGCUUCGAGGAUAUACUGCAGCUUUGUUGUCUUUCUCUUUAUCUGACAGUCUGAUCGGCAGUCUAGCUCUUUUGAUUUGGAAUGAAAUACAGCAUUUAGCAUGAUCACAAAAAGCUGGUUCCACAGGAAAUAAAGUCUUUUAAAUCAUCA